AUGACUUUAAAUUCAACCAACACAUUUUCACCACCAGUCGACUAUUUCAUAAAGUUAGGAGAAACUAUUGGCUACCUCGCCGAGCCAUUAGUCAACCCAUUAGAAAAUAUACUCGUAUCCGCGUUAACAACUCUAUUUCCUUCCAUAAGCCAAAAUGCCAAAGAUUUUCUUGUGGAAAAUGAGUCACCGUUCUCCGAGCGGUUACCACUUAUGAAUCCGUUUCAUGUAUUGCUUAUCACGCUUUUCUAUUUAUCGGUGGUUUUUGUUGGUAAAAAAAUUAUGAUGAAUAAGACAAAAUUUGAUACGAAAUUGAUUAGCACGAUACACAAUUCAUUCUUGGUCUGGUUGAGUGCGUACAUGUGUUAUGGAGUGCUGAGCGAAGCAUGGAAUCAAGGGUAUGGUUUAUUUGGUAAUCCUGAGGAUAAAAGUGAGCAAGGGUGGCAGAUGGCAAAAUAUAUUUGGUUAUUUUAUGUCUCGAAAAUUGCAGAAUUCACGGAUACUUAUAUAAUGGUGUUAAAAAAAAAUAAUCACCAAAUAACAUUUCUACAUGUGUAUCAUCAUUGUUCAAUCUUUAUCAUUUGGUGGUUAGUCACUUAUGUCGCACCAACUGGAGAAGCGUACUUUAGUGCGGCGCUAAAUUCUGCUGUUCACGUGGUGAUGUAUGGCUAUUACUUGAGCACCACACUCUCAGUCCCAAUUCGAUUCAUCAAACGAUACAUUACCCUUUUCCAAAUGACACAAUUCAUGUUAAUGAUGAUUCAAGCAACCUACGAUAUGCUCUUAUUUAAAGUGUUAAAACCGGACGCAAAACAAAAAUACCCAUUCGUGUUAACCGCGUUACUUUGGGUUUAUAUGUGGACGAUGUUGGGAUUGUUUGCGAAUUUCUUUAUCGCUGAUCGAAAGCGUGAGCGUGAGGCAAAGGCUGCAUUAAAAAAGAAGUCGCGUUGA